AUUCUUUUUACAAAAGUCAACUCCUCUCAACAAUUCCUUUUCAUCUGCUUCAAAACUAACACCUGCAGUUGAACAAUCUCAAAGUUUCCCAUUCCUCCCCUCCCACAACCAACCUAUACACACAAACCCACACCUAUACAUACAAGCUUUGUGAGUAUUUUUGUUUAUAAUUUCAUGGGCAACGGAAUAGGAAAAUUCAACCUCUGUUUUGCCGGAGACGCCGGAGAAAUUUCCCGGCGACAUCACGAUAUAGCUAUUUAUCUGUCUAAUCCACUUGAUGAGGGAUUGGGUCAUUCUUUCUGUUAUAUCCGGCCCGACCCAUCUCGUCUUUCCUCUUCGAAACUGUACUCCGAUGACUUCCCGCCACUUUUCCGUACGAUUUCCGGCGCUUCGAUCAGUGCUAAUACGUUCACUCCUCUGUCUACAUUAAUUGACCCUUUUUUGUAUAAUAAUUGUACACUUGAUAAAGCUUCUUCCUUUGAAAGCUCGGAGUCUUUUGCUGCAAUUCCGUUGCAGCCCAUUCCCCGGAAUGUAAUUCCGGCGGUUCGGUCAGGCCCAAUUUGUAACAGCUCCGGGAUGUUAUUCGGGUCGGGUCCAAUUGAAAGAGGGUUCUUGUCGGGUCCAAUUGAGCGGAGUUUUAUAUCAGGGCCUUUAGAGAAUCAGUCUGAACAGUUGCUGAGGUAUAGGCCUAAGUCUAAGAAAUGGGCUUUUAUGAAAAUUAUUAAGAGGGCUAUUUCAAGAUCAAAUCUUUUGCCUAUCGGUAAAGAUAAAGAAGUUGAUUGGGGGCAGAAUGGAAAUCUUGAUAAUUUUACUAUGAAUAAUAAUAAUAAUAAUUUGAGCAGUCAAGCUAGUUUAGUCGAUGAUGAUGUUGAGGAUCAUGAAAUAUUUGAUGGUCGAAAUGUGCAGUGGGCUCAAGGGAAGGCGGGUGAGGAUCGGAUUCAUGUUGUGAUCUCUGAGGAACAUGGUUGGGUUUUUGUUGGAAUUUAUGAUGGUUUUAAUGGUCCUGAUGCUACGGAUUAUCUUUUGAGUAAUCUUUACUCGAAUGUUUAUAAGGAGCUUAAAGGCUUGCUAUGGAAUGAUAAGUAUGAUGAGAAUGAAGAGAAAUGUUCUUGUGGAGGAGAAGGUGAUUUGAAGAGAAAGAGAGGUGAGGAUAGAGAGAGGAGCUGGAAGUGUGAAAAUGAAAUGCAUAGAUUUGAGACUUCAGAAUUUCCGAGUUGUGGUUCAAAUGGAGUAGGGAACACUAAUCAUUCGGAUGUUUUGAGAGCACUUUCAGAGGCCUUGAGGAAAACAGAGGAGGCAUAUUUGGAAAUUGCUGAUAUGAUGGUUAUGGAAAACCCCGAGUUAGCUUUGAUGGGAUCAUGUGUUUUGGCAAUGUUGAUGAAGGGCGAUGAUGUUUACUUGAUGAAUGUUGGAGAUAGUAGAGCUGUUUUAGCUCAAAAGGUUGAUUUGGAACGAAUAAGUGAGGAAACUUUGAGUGAUCUUGACAGGAUUGAUGUUGAUGAAUUUGGCAGUUUCACUAGCUUGGCUUCAUCGCAGUUAACUGUGGAUCAUAGUACAUCAGUGGAAGAGGAAGUUCAAAGGAUUAAAAGUGAGCAUCGGGAUGAUUCCUCAGCUAUAACAAAGGAUCGGGUUAAAGGUUCGUUGAAGGUUACUAGAGCUUUUGGCGCUGGUUUUCUCAAACAGCCGAAAUGGAAUAAUGCAUUGCUAGAGAUGUUCAGAAUCGAUUAUGUAGGAAACUCCCCCUACAUUAGCUGUUCCCCUUCACUCUAUCACCACAGACUUGGUCAUAAAGAUCGAUUCUUGAUUCUAUCUUCCGAUGGACUCUACCAGUACUUCACAAACAAAGAAGCAGUCUCUGAAGUUGAAACUUUUAUAGCAUUGUUCCCCGAGGGAGAUCCUGCACAACAUCUUAUAGAAGAAGUACUGUUUCGAGCUGCUAAAAAGGCUGGUUUGGAUUUUCAUGAGCUGCUAGAUAUUCCACAAGGUGACAGAAGAAAAUACCAUGAUGAUGUAUCAGUUAUCAUCAUCUCAUUCGAAGGGAGGAUAUGGCGUUCAUCGGUGUAAAUAUCGUUUAAUUCAUUAAUUUUUCGAUCUUAGUAGAGAUACAUAAACCCUAGAAAGGAAUCAAAGAAGCCAGUUAGUGUGUAUUAUAGCAUACAGUUAGUCUUAAGAUUAGUGAUACUUCACAAAUGAGCCUGCUGAGAUGUGUUCUGUGUUGGCACACUCAACUCAACAUACCUGCUUUUGUAAUGAAAAUUUUAUGGAGAGUGGAACAUUUUUUCAUUUCUUAAUAAUAUCUUGAAUUUAGUGGGUU